CGUCUAUCGUUGUAUUCGUAGCGUUGGUAGGAACUCAAUCGGAGGGUAUUGAUUUUUUGGUACAAUACGGCAACAACGAGGUGGAGCCAUCGCAGCUCCAGUGCGCGUACCGCCAUAUUUGUUUCCCCCAGGCCAGAGUAUCGUGACUGCGGAAAGUGAAUUUUCCAAAGGGGCCUUCUUCGUCGUUUCCACGAAAAGGAGUCAUCUACGCAUUCCCCUCCUGGAGGAGAGUCCGGCUCGUCAGUCGAUAUUCUCCCUGCGCGGGCACUAUUGAAGUGUGGGGAGGGGGGGAACGCGUGGUUCAAAUUCUCAUCUCGAAAAUACUUUUAUGAAAAUUUCCAAGAAAAUAAAUAAAAAGGAGAGGGAGCUAAUUGAAGUCCGGUAUCUUCUUUACGCACUGCCCGCAGCACAUUUUUACGCAUUCUACAAGCGCAUUUCUUAUCGUGCAUACUGCAUGCGACGAGAAAGAGAGAAAGAGUGAAAAAAGAGAAAGAGAGAGAGAGAGAGAGAGAGAGAGUGAGAGAAAGAUAUUAAAAAGAAAAAAGGAAAAUAAAAAAUAAAAGAAAGAAAAAAUAGGCUUCUUGUUGGCUCCGCCUCUCUUUUUUUUAUGUAUCGACGAGUUAUACAACUCGUUCGGGAGAUCAUUAAAAGAAAUAUGAUAGAUAAGCUUUUUAUCGUGAAAUAAAAUCUAACAAAAAAAAAUAAAAAGUAAAAAAGGCAAGAAGAGGAUAAAGGUAAAGGAAAAAAAAGAAAGAAAAAGAAAAUUCGGCGUAUUCGUAUAUAGCUCUUAAGAGUCCCCCUUCUUCUUGAUUGAUUGAUCGAUUGAUUGAUUGAUUCGCCGCGACGAGAUUAUGUAUACGUAGAUAGAAGAAAACAGAGUUCACAUUUUUAAGAUCCGAGCGAUUUUUAUCGUAAAUUUACUACAACAAACGCACCAAACGCUCGUGCACGCUUCAAAGAUUAAAAAAAGGAAUAAAUAAAUAAAUGAAUGAAUGAAUAAAUAAAUAAAUAAAUAAAUAAAUAAAUAAAUAAAAAAAAAAAGAAAAAGUUUAGUAUUAGCCACGUCGACGAACGUCUGGCUUUAGGAAUAAAAGGGAAGAGCAGACAAAAAUUAAAAAAAGAAAAAAAAAAGAAAAAAAGAAAGAAAGAAAAAAGAGAAAUAAAAGAAAUUUGACGAAUAUCUUUCCGUGUCGUAAAAAAAAAUUUGCUGGCCUAUCCGAUAUUACUCCGCCGCCUUGUUUGCUUCCUGAGAAAAAUAAUAAGUGAUUAAAAGAAAAAAAGAAAAAAAGAGAAAAAAGAAAAGCAAAGAAGAAAAAAUAUCGAAUUGCCAUGUUCAUAGUACGAAAUCUAUCGAUCGAUCCUUUCUCUUUGAUUAUAUCGCUUUGAGACUUCGCCUGGGAUAAAAAAAAUACUUUUUUUUUAAAUUAAUUCGACGGCAAAAUUCGAAGAUUCGAAUUUCCAACGACGAGAGUCGUUGUGACUCCGUCGAUUGCAGAUAAUAAAACUCGUCCGAAUCGACAUAAGCGGGGUCCUUUUGACCCUGAAGAGAUACCAAUCAUUGAUUCCGACGAGUCAACAGUUAUCAUGGGUGCCCAGGAAGAGGACACCAAAUCUAAUAAAUCGAGUGCCAUCGGCGGUGUCAUACCGAUGGCAAAGGUUGCUACAUUGGUCGAGAAGGCUAAAUUUUACACGUCUCUCUGUUUGGGUACCACCGCUAUUCUCGCGGUCUUUGCUUUUCUAUUCUUGAUACCGUUCGUUGUCGAGCCAGCGAUCUCGACGAUUCUUGCGGAUUUUUCACCACACGCGGUCGCCUGCAUCACUACGGAACACGUUUAUGCGGAAGGCUUGAAGAAUUGUUCAUGGGCGAGUUGUAGAGAAGGUUGCACGAGUGCAGCAUUACGAUGCCAUCAGAUCAAAGUGAAUUACACGAGGUUACCUUUCAACCAAUUUAUAAAAAAACCAAUUGGUUCCGUACCGUGGGACGUAGGCGAUACGAAAUUUUUUGUUAACACGGAAGGUUGCGGCUAUCCACCAAGAGUUAAUUGUUCCGAUUUUGCAAAAAAAUAUGGUUAUCGUAACAUAGGAAAAAUAUUUCCAUGUUAUUACAGUAGAACGCAUCCAGAAACGGUAGUGGCAAGGUAUUCUUGGGAUGAAAAUUUGAAACAUCUCGUACUGGCGUUGGUCGUACCAAUUGUCUUAUUCGCUGUCUCCCUUGGUGUAUUGUGCUAUUGGUAUUGCCCACCCGUUAGGAAGACCUGCGGAGGACCUAGUCGAAAUCUCAUUGAAAAGUACGACCGAAAGGAAGACAUCCUCGGAGAGGACGAGUUCGAAGAGGACGAAGAGGAGUACUGACUGCUACCACGGGCUCACCCCCCGGCACGGGAGUGACGCCAAACAUAUUAUCGAAGCGACUCCAACGUACUUUAUGUUUGAAAAUUUAAGCGAAAUAUUUCGGAUACUCGUCGAUCAAAACGUUCGAUAUCCAAAUAAUGAUUUUGAAGAAAAAGAAAAAGAAAAGAGAAAACGAUCAGAGAGACAUCAUCGCAUUCGGUCGUUGCUUCCCAUUCAUCGCCAAUUUCGAUAUAUUCGACUUUCGCGUCUUUUUCAACUACUGUUCCGCUUUAUUACGAUUAAUAUAGUAAGCAUGUAUGAAAGUUUAGCGAUAAUACGAAUUUUUUCUGUUUCUCUUUUUCUUCCUCUCUUUCUCUCUCUCUCUCUCUCUCUCUUUCUUUCUCCUCUAUCUCUUUCUCUUUCUCUUUCUCUUUCUCUCUCUCUUUCCUUCUUUCAUUUUUUCUAAUUGUCAUUUUAAACGAAGCUUCGAAUAAAACAGUUACUACGUAACGAUAUUAAAUGAAAGUUUAAACGUUUUUCAGAGAGAAAAAACAAAGAAAAAGAAAAAAAGAUAAUUUUAUUCCUUCUAGGCCUCGUACCAUCAAUCCUAUUUGCACAUAGAUAAAGGAUAGUACGAUAAUACUUUGCACCCUUUCUUCUUUAAAUUUUCGCGUACUCUUCGCAAUAUUUGAAUAAUAAAAAAAGAGAGAAGAAAGAAGUACGAACAGAACUUUUCGUGUCGCAAUUUUACGAAGGCAAUAAUUCGACUCCGAUCUCUAAUAACGGAGACGUUAACGGAGUAUGAAUAUUAAAUUUUACGAGGUAAAGUAAGUCGAGAGUCGAGUUUGAAGAACGCCUAGAUCGUCUACCAGUAUUCUAAAACACGAUUCGAAAGUGUUCGUCGUGAUCAAGCCGCGCCUUCCCACGUAUACACACGUGAUAUGUUUAUCAUAAAGAGUAAUAAAAAGAAUAAAAAUAAAUAAAUAAGAUGAUAUCGAAAAGAAUGGUAUAAAAGAGUAAGCUUUCCGAAAAAAGAAAAAAAAUGUAAAGAUAAAAAGUGGCGAAGUUACCAAAGCGGUACGCUUUUAAGCAGCAUACAUUUUUACUAGAAUAAGCAGUUUGUGAUACAAAAAAAAAGAAAAAAAAGAUAGAAAAAGCAACAAAAAAAGAAAAAUAAGAAAUACGGAGUAAAAGAAUCAGAAAAGAGCAAAUCGUAUCUUAAGUAACGUUUAAGCUGCCCCUUUCGAUGUUAAGUCGUUUCUAAAGACAAAGGGACAGGGAAAUCGAUGCCGCAAGUGCCAGAGCUUUCUUUUACUUGAUUCUCUCGGAAAGCUUUUUUUCAUGCGAGAUCGUAUUUCCCAGGAAUAGUUUCGAUUCGUUUAAUUCGUCGUAUGUAAUAAAUCACACAAAUAAUGUGUGUGUAUGUGUGUGUAUGUAUGUGUAUCAUAUUCGUCUCGUGUGGUCGUUCGACGAUAGUUCAAAUUAUUGAAAUUAAAUAAAUUACGGAAAAGAAUAUAAAUGUUAUGGAGAAAUAUUUAACAAGAUUAUCGAUGAAAGAAAAUUUUAAAAGAUUCGAUAUAUAUGUAUAUAUAUAUAUGUAUAUAUAUAUAUGUAUAUAUAUAUAUAUGUGUGUAUAAAUAUAUGAUUGUUGAAAUUUAGAUUAUCAUCGAUCGUAUUCCGAUAUAAACAAAAAUAACAAUUAAAAAGAAAAAAGAAGGAUAGCAGGCGAACGACGACACGUUCGAUUCUAGGACUUCUUAUCGCACCAAAAAAUUUUAGACUAAGUCUAACUCGUUAAGCGAAAUCUGUGAAUAUUAUCUUAUUAAUUAGUUGUUAAACGAUCGAUCAUAAGUAUUGUUACAAAUUUUAUAUGCGGGCGCGCAUGCUCACGCAGUGCUAGUCGUUAAGGGGUGAAUAGGAAAAUAAAUACAUUUAAGCGCACGUGUGUAUGUGUACGUGUGCAUGUGUAUGUGUGUUUCUGUCUGUAUGAGCAAACGAAUAUGAAUUGUUAAGUUAAACGUUUUUGAUGGGUGGUCGAGCGAUUUGCAUUUCUGUAAACUACGAAACGAGUUUGACGCGAGUUUUUAUAUUAUUCUAGCAAUAAUUUUCGCGAUUAAUGAAAAAUUAAAUUAUUCGUUUUUAUUAUGAAGAAGAAAGAAAAAAAAGAAAAGCAAAAGAUUCUCGUAAAUCAUAGUCGUUAUUAACGAUAUAGCAUAGAUUAUAUAUUUUUGGGAAACUUAUCAAUGAUCCGUGCAUGAUUCGUCGAUUUAUUUGAAUAAUUCUAUAGAACGUUUCGAAGUUUAUGGAAAGGAUUUCGCAUACCUCGUACAUCUAGAAUGGUUGUGAAUUCUUUAUUAUGCCUAACUUGAGGUAGGUGUCAACGUAACAGAAAGAAGAAUUAGAUUCUCUCUCUCUCUCUUUCUUUUUGACUAGUACCAAAGAGUUACGGCACUCAUUCCCCUCUCGAAGCUUGCUACUAACCGAUUUCUAUUCAUUGCAUAUUAUAAACGUGGAAAAGGAUUUGAUAAACGAUAGAAAGACAUAAUUGUUUUAUUUUAUGGGCCUCCUUCGUCAAUUUUCUUUUUUUUUCCUUUUCCACGAUUAAUUUAAUAUACCUAACAAAUAUCAUCGAAGAUGAAGCAUUUUAACGACGAAGUAUCGAGAUUUAAAAAAUUCUUUUGAAAAGGUCCGUUCUUAAAUCAUAUCAAUGUGUUGCCGUAAGAAUGUUUGUAUUUUAGUGCCAAUUGUUCGAUUCAUCAGAUCGAUAAGUCCAUACGUACGUACCUUGUUAGGCCGUAGUUGUUUAUGAUUAAAAAACGGCGAGUGAUAACAAAAAGAAAGAUCAAUCCGAUGAAAAAACAACGAUACAUAACGUUUUCUCGAGUUUAAUAUUAGGAAAAUAUUGCAUAAGUUAUUUUGAGACAAUGGUAAUAGAGUUAUUCAAUUAUUUCUGCAAGGUUUAGAAUCCAUAGGGCAAGGUUUACAUAAAUGCUAUAGUAAGUUAGAGAACGGCAGUGCAUGUGAAAUUCAUUUCUACAAAUAGUUAUGUAACUAACGUAAAGCUUUUACUUUCUCUUUCCUCUUUAUCAUACACUCAAUUAUAUCUAUCUAUUUAUCUAUCUAUUUCUAUCCUUAUAUUUUCUUCUUAUUUAAUAGAUAAUAAUAAUGCGUCUUUGCACUUAUUAUAAACUUUUAACUCCGAUAUCGAUCCUUUCUAACUCCUUCCGUCGCUUUACCUCUCCUAUGACUAUUUCCUCCAUCGCCUCUUUCUCUCUCUUUCCCUUUUUCCCUCUCUCCCUCUCUCUCUGUAAAUAAUUUUAAUAAAAAUUACCACGAAUACUCUUGAAAUAAACGCUUCCCUUUUCGCUAUUCGACUAUUUUCAACGAUCUACUGAAAGAGAUUCUUUCGCAGCUUCAUUAUCUACGAAUGAUUAAAUCUGGAUAUAUAUUGUAAAUAGCAUAUUGUAUAAAUAAUAAAAUAUAUGCCCUGCGACACUAAAGGACUAUUGUAAAUAAGAACAAGAAUUGUAUGAUUCCGUUUAAUAAAAAUAC